CUUCUUGCCAUCCCACGCAUUCAAGCAGCAGCAAUCAGUCCAUCCAGCAACCAUUCACCACCUCCUCUACACACAGUCUUCCAUGCAGAGGUCAGCCGCCUUCAGGACGCUCAGGGCCUUGAAGCCAUCUGCCAGACUUCCACUCUCCAGAUGCGUUUAUGCUCAAUUCGACGCGCUCAGUCCACAGUUCCUCCAGGCCGCGCGGUACUAUGCCUCAAAGUGUAUGGGUAACAAUCUUCGCUGGCUGUCUGCUAACUGAAGCGUUCCCGAGCCACCAAGUCGUCGACAUGCCGGCCUUGUCGCCCACAAUGACCCAGGGCAACAUUGGAACAUGGCAGAAGAAUGCAGGUGAUGCUAUUGCACCGGGAGAUGUCCUCGUCGAGAUCGAGACAGACAAGGCGCAGAUGGACUUUGAAUUCCAAGAGGAAGGCUUCAUCGCCAAGCUCCUGCAAGAUUCAGGCGCAAAGGAUGUCAAGGUCGGAUCACCGAUUGCCAUCCUCGUUGAAAAUGAGGACGAUGUGGCCGCCUUCAAGGACUUUACAAUUGAGGACGCCGGUGGUGCAGAGAAGGCUGAUGUAUCGGUCGAGGCUCCAGAAAAGCCACAGGAGAAGCAAGAAACGUCAAUCGAGUCGACCCCACCAGCCGCAGCCAAGAAGGAGACCAAGAGCGAAUCCGCACCAGCCAAGACUAGCGAAUCUAGCGAGUCUGGCACAUCGACCGGUGGUCGCAUUCUUGCUUCGCCUGUCGCUCGCCGUAUGGCAGAGGAGAAGGGUAUCGCAUUGCGCGACAUCAAGGGAACGGGCCCAGAUGGCCGCAUUAUCAAGGUCGAUAUCGAGAACUACAAACCAAGUGCUACACCAGCAAAGACAGCUACCGCACCCAAAAGUUCUGCUCAGAAGCCUGCCUCUGUCUCUGCUGCGGCAAGUGGCGAAGGCGCAGCUUACACAGACAUCCCCCUGACGGGCAUGCGCAAGACCAUUGCUGCACGGCUAUCGGAGUCUAUGCAGACGGCUCCUCACUACUACCUCACAGUGGCCAUCAACAUGGACAAGACGUCCAAGUUGCGUGAGGCACUCAACAACCAAUCUGGCGGCCGCUACAAGCUUUCCGUGAAUGACUUUAUUGUCAAGGCUGUUUCGCAGGCACUCAAGGAAGUGCCAGAGGCCAACUCGGCUUGGUAUGGCGACUUUAUCCGACAGAACCACAACGCCGACAUUUCCGUUGCUGUAGCGACACCUGCUGGUCUCAUGACGCCCAUUAUCAAGUCUGCACAGGCCAAGGGCUUGUCUGAGAUUAGCAACACGACAAAAGAGUUGGCGAAGCGUGCACGGGACGGCAAAUUGCAGCCAAAUGAGUACCAGGGUGGUACGUUCACCAUCUCCAACUUGGGCAUGUUUGGCAUUGACCAAUUUACUGCCAUCAUCAACCCACCUCAGGCGUGUAUUUUGGCUGUUGGUCAGACGGCAGAUGUGCUCGAGCUCGACCCUACCUCUGAGCGCGGCUUCAAGUCCGUCAAGGUGAUGAAGUGCACCCUGUCAUCAGACCACCGAGUUGUCGAUGGUGCCGUGGGUGCCAAGUUCACGGCUGCGCUUAAGCGAAUCCUCGAGAACCCUCUCGAGCUCUUGCUUUAAACAGGGUUGAUUUGUGGACUAUAUAGCAAAAGAAACAAUUUAC